AUGUCUGGCUCGUACCUCUCUGCCCAGCCCGGCUUUCUGAACAACAACGCCUCCCGCCGCCCCGAGGAGCCGCAGUCGUGGCUCGCGCGUUUCUGGGCCGAGGAGUUUAGCAACCCCGCCAAGCUGUGGGGCAACCUGUCGGUUGCGUGGAGCGUCGGCUUCUUUGCCCUCGGCGUCGUCUUUGUGCGCAAGGCGGGCUGGAUCCUCGCGCCUGCCUUCUAA